GCAGUAAAGAGUCCCUAAUGAUGGCCAAAGAUCUUCCUCCACGUGAAAAUACGCUCUUCAAACGUAUACUAAAAUGUUACGAGAACAAGCAGUACAAAUCUGGACUGAAGCAUGCUCGUCAGAUCUUAUCUAAUUCCAAGUUCCAAGAACAUGGAGAAACACUGGCUAUGAUGGGACUCACCCUGAACUGCUUGGGUCGGAAGGACGAGGCGUAUGACAAUGUGAAGCGAGGACUCCGCAACAAUCUCCGUUCACACGUUUGUUGGCACGUGUUCGGACUCCUUCAGAGAUCUGAUAAGAAGUAUGAGGAAGCAAUAAAAUGUUACCGGAACGCACUGAAGUGGGACAAAGACAAUCUCCAGAUAUUAAGGGAUCUGUCCUUGUUACAGAUACAGACCAGAGACUUGGAUGGAUACAAGAUGACUCGUCACCAGUUGUUGAUGCUACGAGCCAAUCAGCGGGCCGGAUGGGUGGGUUACGCUAUUGCCCUCCAUACCAUGGGGGAAUACGAGAACGCUCUUAACGUCCUCCAAACCUUCAGGAAAACGCAGGAGGGCAAACCAGCAGAUUACGAAUUCUCAGAGCUGCUGCUGUACGAAGCUAGCAUCAUGGUGGAGGCAGGGAAGUUUAAAGAUGCCUUGUCACACAUAUACUGUCACAGAGACUCCAUCCUUGAUAUCCAGAGCUGGCUCGAAAUGGCAGGAGACCUCCACGCCCGGAUAGGAGAGUAUGAGGACAGUGCUGACGUGUUUGAGGCGCUGUACCACAGGAAUCCCGAGAAUUCCACCUAUAUUGAGAGCUACGUUAGAGCUCACAAUAAUUAUAACGAUGAGGAUUCGUUACAGUUGUGUCAGAAACUACAGAAAUUGCACCCUCGAGCGGAGGCACCUUUCAACUACGCUUUGAAACUAAGCACGGGGAGCACAUUCAGGACACUGGUUGACGGAUAUUUGCAAAGACAGUUGAGAAAAGGAGUCCCGCCUCUCUUCAACAUUCUCAAACAUCUGUUCCAAGAUAAGAAUAAGUUAGAAACAAUCAAAGAGUUAAUGCAUGGUUACUUCACAUCCUUAGAAGAACACAAGAAAUUCAGUCCAGAUAGUGAGGAUGAGGAGUACCCGACAUCCUAUCUACACGUCAUGAUAUUCCUGGCUCAACUGUACGACUACGAGAGGGACACCACUAAAGCUAUGUACUACAUAGACAGGGCAAUGCAACACACUCCUACCUACAUCGACCCUUAUAUGGUCAAGAGCAAGAUAUACAAGCACGCGGGUAACAUGGUAGAGGCAGUACACUGGGUAGAAGAAGCCAGGACCAUGGAUCUGGCUGACAGAUAUCUCAACUGUAAAGCUGCUAAGUACAUGCUCAGAGCUGGCAUGAUAGACAAGGCUGAGGAGGCUUGUGCUCUAUUCACCCGGGAAGGUCAACCCGCGGUUGAUAACCUGAACGAGAUGCAGUGCAUGUGGUUCCUGACUGAGUCAGCUAGGACGUACUUCAAGAACCAGGACUGGGCUAAUGUGCUUCAGAAGUGUCACGAGGUGGAGAAGCAUUUUGUUGACAUAGUAGAGGAUCAGUUUGAUUUCCAUCCCUACUCCAUGAGGAAGAUGACUCUUAGAGCUUACAUCGGGUUGUUACGACUAGAGGAUUCCAUAAGAGGUCACCAGUUUUUCAACAAAGCAGCUGACUACGCCAUUAGAACGUAUCUUCAUCUACACGACAAACCUUUGGCUGAUGCUAACGGGUUGGGAAAUGGAGAAGCAGAUGAGAUGACGGAAAAGGAGAAGAAGAAACUGGAGAGCAAGAAGAAGCGAGCCGCUAAGAAGAAGCAGCAGCAGAAGAAUGAAGCUAACGUGAACAACAACGCCAAGGACAAGAACAAGCAGCCGGACGGAGAGAUCGUUCCUCCUCCAAUUGUGGGAAUUGAGCUGGUCAAGUCUGAUUCUCCCCUGGACGAUGCUAUGAAGUUUCUGGAUCCACUAAGAGCCCUGUCUCCUCGGUGUCCCAACACUCACAAACUUGCAUUCCAAGUCUUCUACCGUCAAGGGAAGCUGUUGUUGAUGAUACAGAGUGUGAAACGUGCCCUGAAAACUUGUGCUAGAGCCCCCGAGAUUGGUCUGCACAUGACACAACUCGCUCAAUAUGUCAAAACGACGGGACCGACAAGUGGAAUUAUAUCUGAAAUAGUUCAGACAGAGAUGUCGGAACUGUUGCCACAGAACGACAUUAGAGAGUGGUUAAAUGUUAGGGAAUCUCUUACUGGCACCAAUCUCAAGAGCUUCUUCAUGUUGAGAUGUGCCCACGCCCAUCUGUCCCCCGAGGCGUCAGCAGAUCAGCUUCAGUCCGUCCUAGACUUCCCUCUUGAAGGAGCCACCCUCGAGGGCGCUGAGUACGUGUUAGAUCACUUAAACAAUGGAUUGUUGGAUCCAACUCCUGAAGACAUCGCCAGCUUCUCUACCGCCUGCCGCGCCAUCUUUACUCUGGCGACCGCUUUUAGGCCACCUCAAACCGAGGAAACUGUCCCGAGAUGAAGCAAUGCCCCGUCAGUUUUACAGCAAACGGGCACUCUAAGUUAUUGUCUUUAAAGCACAGCUUUAUUUGCUAAUUUGAUACCACUGCUGUCAGCACUGGUUUUUAUAUGAGGAACAGAAUGGGUUUGUCUAAUUUUGUGGGGCUGUGGCGCGAUGGAUUAAAAGUUAUAUUUAUUACAAUUUGAAACAUUUUCGGCCCCUGAAGUCGGUCUAAGAGUUGCUCAGUUUCUAGCGGUCAGUUGCUACAAGGCCUUCAACAGUGUCCUUUUUAAAAUUAACGGUUAUUCAUAGAGUUGCAUUACGUUAAAACUUUUGCAACCCUUCGAGUGACACAGCUGUUCACUUUGAUCACUGGUUCAUACCUGCUAAGUAAGUUGUGGCACAACUUAGCAAGUUGUGGUUCUUGGCUUUUAACUGAAAGUUAAUCCCGGUAAUAUGAUUAUGUUCAAAUUAUGUGGUUAUUUCAGUCUCAACAGUGUCCCCGUGUAAUAAUGGUUUUUCAUAGUUUUGAUGUGUUUUUACCGAGUUUAUCAAUGACCAGUGCUUCCUUUAUAACAA